AUGGUGAGUGUGGGAGUCAGCACAGAGUCUUGCCAUGCCAGGUGGGAAGUAGAGACAGAUGAAGUUGUCCUGCAGCGGCGGCAAAAGCAGAUAGAUUAUGGCAAGCGCACACCUGGUUACCAGUGCUUUCUGCAGCAGGUCCCCAAGGCACAACGACAGCCAGGAUUUCACCCUCAAACACCAAACAAGAACAGGAGGUAUAGCCGUCGCUCCUGGGAUGCCCAGAUAAGGCAGUGGAGAAGAGCCCUACAUUCCUGGGACCCUCCCAGCCAGUCUCAGCAGGGCAGGGGGACUGAGAGGCAGGAAAUGGAGAGUCUCUUAGAGCAAAUGGAAUCCACCCCUUUGGAUGACCUCCUGGAUGACUGGCUCCAGACCCUGAAACCCUCAGAGAAUAUGGAUGGAGGGCAGAAGAGAGCCCAGGUAUUAUCUUCUGCUGAAGCCCAUUGGAGCAGAGUAGAAGAGUUCGAGCCGAUCCGGCAGCUGGAAAAGGGGCUCCCGGGACUCAGAGCAGGCCCUGAUCGGCGCUUGAACUACACUUCCCAGCAGUCUUCACGCCGCGGACCGGUCCUUUGCGGGGGGAAGGGGGAUUCCUUCAGAGAGGUGGCGGCAGAAGAUGGGGAAGGAGAGCAGGUGAGAGCCACCGUGGCUAAUUCUAUUACGCUGUUCAAACCUAGUGGAAGGCUGCAGUUGGGUCGAUGUAGGAAUGGAAGGAAUGGAAGGCGGGAGCGGUAG